AUGAAUUUCACGUCCAAUGGAACGCACAUCCCACCCAACGGCAUCGGCGCUCUGCCCUUCACACCGUUGUUGGCCCCAGCCGCCGUCUUUGUCGCUAUUUUCGCAAUUUUGUUCGCGUUUCAUUUAGUACUGGCUGUGCUGUUUCCGAGAUUCUACGGAUACUCCAUUGGGAUGGUCUGUGGCCUGUUGUUGGAGAUGCUGGGCUACAUUGCCAAAGUGCAGCUUGCACACGACCGGACAAAUAAAAAUGGCUACAUCAUGUACAUCAUCGGACUAACAUUGGGCCCUACAUUUCUGUCCUCUUCCCUCUAUCUCGGUAUCAGUAAUCUGCAGCGUCGAUAUGUGGUGGCACGGUUCGGCCGUGUCGGGCCGCGCUGGUUUGCCACGCUUUUUAUCCUCGGCGACUUUGCAUGUCUAUGCUUCAUAGGAUGUGGUGGCUCACUGGCGGCAAUUUUUGCAGAAAGUCCAAUUGGGGUGGACUUAAUGCUGGCAGGGUUGGCCACCCAAGUGCUGUUUACAGCCAUUUUUGGCCUGCUACUUUACAUCACUGGGAAGCGCAUCGGCUGGCCAAUCGGAAAGACGGACAAGCGCUGGUAUCUGGUCGGGGCAGCGAUCGCGGCGGCAUGCUUGUUUAUCAGAUCCAGCUGGCGUGUUGCAGAGCUUAGCGAUGGAUUCAACGGCCCGCUGGCUUCCAAAGAAUACAUCUUCAUCGCUCUCGACAGUAUUCCAAUGGCUAUUAUGGGCAUUUCCCUGACUUUGCUUCACCCGCAGUACUGGUUUGCUAGACCUGUCGGUGCAGGCACAGAUUUCUCCAGCAAGAUGUAG